CCUUAAGGAAUCAAGUAGUGCCGCACUGAGUUGACCUGUAGUCUUUGUUCAUUUAGACACAAAAGGCCAAGCCAACCAACGGUGGAAGCCUCAACAACUUAUCAAAUCCCAGGAACUAACAGUCUUCUGUUGGAUUUUUCAUUUUCCCCAACCACCUAUGACCUCCUGUUUACCCAGAUAAAUACCGCAAAGCUGGGAUUGCUCUCCCCUGGCAACCAUGGGAGACUUGGAUCGUAGCUCUAGUGGCAGGGGUAGGAGGCAAGACACCAAAGAGGAAAGAACUGAUCAGGAUACUAAGGUGGAAUUCUCUGAGGAUGAGGAGAUGCUCAUUGCCAGAAUGUUUAACUUGAUCGGGGACAGGUGGUCUCUGAUUGCUGGUAGAAUCCCCGGAAGAACAGCAGAUGAGAUCGAGAAGUACUGGACUUCAAGACGUAGCUCACAGUCGACACACAACCAAAGAUGAACCUCCGGAGUCCGGACCCUGGUGGUGUAAAAGAGCUCCUUUUCAAGACGUAGCAGCGUUGUAGACAAAACAUGAACAUCAUGGAUAAGACACAGAUGUAGCAUGCUGUCAUGAAGAAACAGAGUUUCAUCGGCUGCAGUUGUUCUUAACUCCAUCUCAUGAUUGUCUAAUAAUUUCGUGCAAGUUUUACUCUCUUCUUUCCUUGUUGCAUUGAGCCGGAACCUGUUUUCUGUAGACUUGUACAACAUGCAAAAAUCACUACUUUGUCUUGUGGGUUAA